ACGCGGUAACGGCUGUUUAUUGGACGAGGAAUGCGCCGCGUCAUCAAACUGCGACUUCCAGUCAUGGCGUUAGUUUCUGUUUGCUAACAUUAGCUUGUUUAAUACGACAAAUUCUGAUAUUUAAACACAUUGUAGACAUUAUUCAAACGGUGAAGGCUGUGUCGAGUCUCAUGAGUCCAGGAUGAGCGGCGGCCUGGCUCCCAGUAAGAGCACUGUCUAUGUGUCCAACCUGCCAUUCUCUCUCACUAACAACGACCUACACAAGCUGUUCACCAAAUAUGGAAAAGUUGUGAAGGUUACAAUCGUUAAGGAUAAAGAGACUCGUCAGAGUAAAGGCGUUGCCUUUGUGCUCUUCCUGGACAGAGAGUCAGCUCAUAACUGUGCCAGAGCGAUAAACAACAAACAGUUGUUUGGCAGAACAGUGAAAGCGAGCAUCGCCGUGGACAACGGGCGAGCGUCUGAGUUCAUCAGGAGACGGAACUACACAGACAAGACCAAAUGUUAUGAGUGUGGGGAAACGGGUCACCUGAGCUACGCCUGCCCCAAAAACAUCCUGGGAGAGAGGGAACCUCCGAAGAAGAAAGAAAAGAAAAAGAAGAAAAGGGCAGAAGAAGCGUCGCAUGUUGAAGAAGAAGAAGAAGAAAGUGAAGAAGAGGGAGAGGACCCAACCUUAGACAGCCUGAGCCAGGCCAUAGCUUUCCAGCAGGCCCGUAUGGAGGAGGAGGAGACUCGGAGGAAGCAGACCCGUCUGUCUCAGGAGGAAGCUGCUUCAACAUCCUCAGACUCUCGGAAACCGAGGAUCAAGAAGAGCGCGUACUUCAGCGACGAGGAGGAGCUCAGUGACUGAUAACGACAUUUAUAAUACAGUUUGGACGCAAGUUGUUGGUCAGAUAUUGGUUUAUUUUUAUAAGUUGUAUUGUAUUGUAAUAGGGAUGUUUCCGUUUACACUGAUAAAAGUCGGUUUCUCUUUAUUUCCUGUCCAUAAAGCUAACACAUUUCCUGUUUCUAGUCAUCCUGUUAUUGUACUUGGGUUGAUUGUGUGGCGUUUUUCUAUGUCAGUCAAUAAAACCUUGUUUCUUAA